CCUGCUCCGCUGCAGCUUCGCCUGCAGGUCUCGCGGCAGGCGAGCUGCUCGGUCGCGUCCUCGGGCCCCAUGGCAGCCCCCGGUUCCCCGACCGAAUGCGGCUACAUCCGGACAGUCCUGGGCCAGCAGAUCCUGGGGCAGCUGGACAGCUCCAGCUUGGCGCUGCCCUCCGAGGCCAAGCUGAAGCUGGCGGGGAGCAGCAGCCGCGGCGGCCAGGCGGCCAAGAGCCUGCGGAUCCAGGAGCAGGUGCAGCAGACCCUGGCUCGGAAGGGCCGCAGCUUCGUGGGCAACGGAAAUCUUCACCGAACCAGCAGUGUUCCUGAGUAUGUCUACAACCUCCACUUGGUUGAAAAUGAUUUUGUUGGCGGGCGUUCCCCUGUUACCAAAACCUAUGACAUGCUCAAGACAGGCACCACCGCCACUUACGAAGGUCGCUGGGGGAGAGGAACUGCUCAGUACAGUUCACAGAAGUCCAUGGAAGAAAGAUCCUUGCGGCAGCCUCUGAGGAGACUUGAGAUUUCUCCAGACAGCAGCCCUGAGAGGGUGCAUUACUCACACAGUGAUUACCAGUACAGCCAGAGAAGCCAGGCCGGGCACACUCUGCAGCACCAAGACAGCAGGAGAUCCACGCUGCUUAUGCCCCCGAGAUACGCUCGCUCAGAAAUUGUUGGUUUAACCCACUCUGGGGCCGUGAGCAGACAUCGCCACUACGACACUUACCAUCGACGGUACCAGUACGGGUCUGUUAACGAUUCUGUUGAUGGUGCCCCUGUCAACCCGCUGGUGUUCAUGUACCCCAGGCCUGGGACCAGCUACAGCAUGGGCAACCUCUUAGAGAAGGAGAACUACAUGACUUCAGGGUCUGUUGCUGGGCAGGUGAAGCCGCUGGUGCCCCUGCAGCCCAUCAGUCAGAACAGGGUCAAUCGGGCCUCCUGGCAUCAGAGCUCCUUCCACAGCACCCGCACGGUGCGGGAAGCCGGGCCCAGCGUCACUGUCGAUUCAGGCGGGAGGAGGACGCACAUGACCGUUGGCCAAGCGGCAGCAGGAGGAAGUGGGAACAUGCUCGUGGAGAGGAGCGCUUUCACUGACUCCCACCUUGGGAAUGCAGACAUGGAGAUGACUCUGGAGCGAGCCGUGAGCAUGCUCGACGCCGACCACGUGCCACCGUCCAGGAUUUCUGCUGCCGCUACUUUCAUACAGCAUGAGUGCUUCCAGAAAUCUGAAGCGCGGAAAAGGGUUCAUCAGCUUCGCGGCAUCCCCAGGCUUCUCCAGCUCCUAAAAGUCCAGAAUGAAGAUGUGCAGCGAGCCGUGUGUGGGGCCUUGAGAAACUUGGUCUUUGAAGACAAUGACAACAAGCUGGAGGUAGCUGAGCUCAACGGGGUACCUCGGCUGCUCCAGGUGCUAAAGCAAACCAGAGACUUGGAGACUAAAAAGCAAAUCACAGGUUUGCUGUGGAAUUUGUCUUCUAAUGACAAACUCAAGAAUCUCAUGAUAACAGAAGCCUUGCUCAUCCUGAAUGAGAAUAUCAUUAUCCCCUUUUCGGGGUGGCCAGAAGGGGACUACCCCAAAGCGAAUGGUUUGCUUGAUUUUGAUAUAUUCUACAAUGUCACAGGAUGCCUAAGAAACAUGAGUUCAGCUGGCCCUGAUGGGAGGAAGGUGAUGAGAAGGUGUGAUGGACUGAUUGACUCACUGGUCCAUUAUGUCAGAGGAACCAUUGCAGAUUACCAGCCGGAUGACAAGGCCACAGAGAACUGUGUGUGCAUUCUUCACAACCUCUCCUACCAGCUGGAGACAGAGCUCCCAGAGAGAUACUCACAGGGUAUCUAUAUUCAAAACCGGAAUAUCCAGACUGACAACAACAAAAGUAUUGGGUGUUUUGGCAGUCGAAGCAGGAAAGUAAAAGAGCAAUACCAGGACAUGCCAAUGCCAGAGGAAAAGAGCAACCCCAAGGGUGUGGAGUGGUUGUGGCACUCCAUCGUGAUACGGAUGUAUUUGUCCUUGAUCGCCAAGAGUGUCCGAAACUACACUCAGGAAGCAUCCUUGGGAGCUCUCCAGAAUCUCACGGCAGGAAGUGGACCAAUGCCGACGUCAGUGGCUCAGACAGUUGUCCAGAAGGAAAAUGGCCUCCAGCACACCCGAAAGAUGCUGCAUGUUAGUGAUCCAAGUGUGAAAAAGACUGCUGUGUCCCUGCUGAGGAAUUUGUCUCGGAAUCUUUCGCUGCAGAAUGAAAUUGCCAGAGAAACUCUGCCUGAUUUGGUUUCCAUAAUUCCCGACACAGUCCCAAGUACUGACCUUCUAAUCGAAACUACGGCCUCUGCCUGUUACACGUUGAACAACAUCAUCCAGAACAGUUACCAGAAUGCCCGGGAUCUUCUAAACACUGGGGGCCUGCAGAAAAUCAUGACCAUCAGUGCAGGGGAUGCCUGUGCCUCCAACAAAGCCAGUAAAGCUGCCUCUGUUCUCCUGUAUUCUCUGUGGACACACACGGAGCUCCAUAACGCCUACAAGAAGGCUCAGUUCAAGAAGACAGAUUUUGUCAACAGCCGGACUGCCAAAGCGUAUCACUCCCUCAAAGACUGAGGACAGUGAGGAAGCGCCCUCAGAGAUGCCAGCCUCGCCAUCCUCAGCCACAAAAAAACCCCAAAGGAAAGCACCUAUUUUUCUACUGCCCAGCCCAAGAAGCCUCAAAAAAAGCAUGCCUUGUUUCUAUCCUUUUCUAUUUCCAUGGUCCCCAGAAUUCAGAAAACAAAUAAUCAGAGUAUAAUUUUAUUGGUCUUCCAGAAGACUUUUGCAAGUUUGCCACCAGUAGAGACUGGCAGCGGGCUUAAUUCAACCUUCUCCAAAUAGUGGUCUUUGUGAUCAGGGCUUACAAUGCAUGGCCUCCUGGAACCACAAUGUGAAUUCACGUGGAAUGGACAUUAACAGAAUAAAUAAGGAAGGAAGCUGUUGUAUUACUAGGAUUUUAAAAGUUUGAUUUACAUUUUUAUUCCCUUUCUGGUUUCCAUGUUUUGUCACUCAUAUGCACGUCGCUUCACCACUGAGCCACGAGUGUGUUGUCCUGCUGUGUUGAAACAGAAUGGAAACGACGAGAAAUAUUUGAAAAGUUAUCCAGGAGAAAAUUUAAUGGCAAAGUUAUAUGUUUCUUUGUUUACUUUGUGCUUGUUUUUAUCCUCUUGAAUUUUUUCUCUGAUUUUAAAUGAACUAAUGAAAUUUAGAUCACAGAGCAUGCAUGACUGUAAGGAAAAGAAAUUGAAAGAAAGUGAUCAUAGCAAACUUAAAAAUCUUUUCCACAGGGAAAGACAACUAUGGUUGUGAAAUUCAAUGUUCCCUCUAAACGCUGAGUAAAUUCAAUUUUCUGCCCAAGGAAAUACGUUACCUGUAACACCACUGUGAAAUGAAAGUCUCUUCUGAAUGGUGGCAUUCAGUGUAACUAUUUCCUGGACUUUUUCAGCCACUGCAAUGGGCUGGUGAAAAAACAGACUCAACUCUUUAGCUACAAAAGGAAGAAAGGCCUCUCAAACAGCUGGGCCAGCCCAGGGCACUGAAGACACAGCUCAUUUUAAUGAAUUAUGUUAUCAACCAGCCCAACUUUGCUCAACAUUUGAAAAAAUAGCACAGAGCCACUAACUCUGAUGUGAUCUUCCUCAAACCAUUAUUUUAAGUCAAGGGAACUCUAUAGAAGAAAAAUGAAGAAGUUAUGUUGAGGAAAAAUGUGUCUAGACCACCAAGAAAUGGUGUGAGAGAUACUAAUAUUUAAAAGUUGACACCAUCAUCUACUGAAGCGAAUCUAUAUUGUUAUUUUAACUGGGCCGUGAGUAAUAUUCAUAUAGAAUUAGUCUUCUCAACUACAAUUUUGUUAUUAUAUUUUGCUUUUCUAAAAAAUCUGACAAUGUUUGUUAUAAGAAAGUAAGAAGAGAAAAAUCCUUCAGCUCCUUUUGGCCAGAUAGGUGUAAUAGAAAAUAAAUUCCCAUUUUCAGUUUGAAUGUGUACUUAAGUCUUUAUUAUAUUUAGAACUUGAAAUUUUUUCCAUUUUAAAAGCUCAAUGAAGAAGACUUAGUUUACUAACCUAGUUCAAAAUGAAAUUAUUUGGAUACCAAUUUUUAAAAUACUGAAGAGAGAAAUUAUCUCUUUUUCCAGAGUUUUGAUGAUAAGCAUUUGGAGUAUUUAUUCCUCCAGAUAACUGAUGUAUGUUCCAGAACUUUCUGUAUUUUUUAAGACAUUAGUAGAAUCUUCAAUAAUGUUACACACAAAAUGAGGCAAAAAUAACAUUGCCUGCAUUGGUAUCUGUGUAUAUCUGAUUUAUUUGUAUUUCUUGGUAUAUGUGGUAUGAUUGACAUGACAUCUGAGGAUUUGACCUUAUAAACUUCAACUUUAAUUACUAA